AGAGUAAUAUACUUGAGUUAUUUCAUUGUGAAAGAAUUUGGGGCGUGUAGCUUUUCACAAGUCCUAAUAAGUAUCUUGUAAGAUUUUUACUAUACUAUCCAUCAAUGGCAAGCCAACAACAACCUCGUCCAUUGUUCCGUUUUGCUUCCAUGGUUCGUCCCGCUGCACAACCUCCAGCUUCUAGUCCACAAGCACCGGCCCCACAACCGAUGUUUCGACCUGCCACCCCAUUUAGACCUCCGUCACCGGCAGUUACUGCUACUCAGCCACCUCAACCUCAAGAACCUACUCCACAAACACCAGCUACUGCUUCUCCUCCCCCUCCUGUUGCGGCAGCCAUUGCACCACCGCAACCAGCAGUGCCGGCCCCACGUAGCCCCAUUUCAGCACCGCAACCAGCAGCGUUGGCCCAACGCAGCCCCCUUCCAGCGCCGCAGCCUCAACCUGUGGCUGCAGCUUCCCCACGUCCAACUCUGGCAACUCCACCUCCAAGAUCACCUGUUGCUCCUCCUCAAUCUGUUGUUUCUCCACCAAAGGCUCCUUCACCACGCUCUCCAGUGGCAGCACAACCACAAAGUGCUGCCACUGACGUUACUAAAUCUCCUGUCACUAAAGUCACCACGUCAGUGCCACAAUCCCCAUUCAAGACAUUAGCUUCUAAUGUAAAAACAGAGAACGCUCCAACUAGUACUCCAUAUUCUUCAUUACCACCAUCUCCAAAAACAAAAAUAGCAGAUUCUAUCCAAAGUCCCAUCAAUCAAUCAUCACCAUCAAAAGCUCCCCCACCAUCUCAAAAGAUCAGCCAGACUAAUUUAGUGAAAUCCCAGACUUACUCUCCUCAAACUAAGCCUGCAGUUUCUCACCCGCCAUCCCCACUGAAGCUUCCCCCUUCUCAACUUGAACUUGAGUCCAGGAUUCCUCCACAGGUUGAUCAGAAAUCCGUUGUGGUCCACGAAACCACAAGGUCUAAUGCUAACAGUAAUCAUGCCAUGCAGACUACAAGAAAUGGAAAAACAGUAGAAAAUGGGAAACGGGAAGCAGUCAAAAAAGAUAAAGGGGUUCAGCAAAAGGCGUCUAAUUCUGAUUCUUCUGAUGACUUUGGAAUGAGUGUUCUAACACUAGCUGGUGAAAACAAAGGAGCUAUUAUGGAGUUAAGCCCUUCAAGGAAGACAUACAGCCCUCAGAGUCUUCAAAAAAAAGGAAUCCCAAAGGCGUGGAGUAGUGAGGAUGAUGGAGAGAAAUCAGGGAGUGAAAGUGGCAAGAAGGGAGAUAGAAUGCAGAAUAAGUCCCUUCCUAUGACUGCCUUCAUGAACAGCAAUGUCCAAGGUGUGAACAACUCCAUUCUCCACAAUGCUUCUUGCACUCACCAUGAUCCUGGUGUCCACCUUGUUUUUUCAAGGAAGACAAAUGGUAGCAACGGGUUCCACAUUAAGGGCGGCCAAAAGAGCUAAAAUAAUGUUUAAAGACGGUCAAACACUUAUGAGAGUCUCUUGUUUUUUUCAUGGAGGGCCCUUUGUUUUUUUUUAAUAUUUUGAGAGAAUAAAUUGAGUGGUACAGGAAGGACAUGGAUUCUGAUUCUUCAUGCAUGGCUGCAAUCCACCUCUCAUGCACGAGGACCAUCCUUGCCUUUGGUAGGACAGAGAGAUUCUAUGCACAAUGUUGCCACUAUAAUGCUGUCUUAUGUAUUGAGCACUAUUAAUCUUCUAUAUAAUUUGUAAGUUUAAUACAGAA